GUUGGAAUCCUUGCCAAGUCCUACAUUGAUCAAGGGCGGCUUAUUCCAGAUGACGUCAUGACACAACUGAUGCUGCAUGAGCUAAAAGGUCUAGAUCGGUACAACUGGCUGUUGGAUGGUUUCCCCAGAACAGUUGCUCAGGCAGAAGCCCUGGAUAAACAAUGCCAAAUAGACACUGUCAUUGACCUAGAUGUACCAUUUGAGACCAUAAAAUGUCGGCUAACAGCACGUUGGAUCCACCCUGCUAGUGGCAGAGUCUACAACCUUGAAUUCAGUCCUCCCAAAGUGCAGGGGAUUGAUGAUAUCACUGGAGAGCCACUUGUUCAGCGUGAUGAUGAUAAGCCAGAGACUGUUACCAAGCGGCUGCAGGCUUAUGAUGCACAAACAAAACCUGUCCUGGCAUAUUAUCGGGAAAAAGGGUUACUGAAAUCCUUCUCUGGAACAGAAACCAACAAAAUCUGGCCACAUAUCUAUGCUUUCCUCCAAACCAAGUUGCCAGAUGUGAGCCAGAAAGAUGCUGCCACUCCUAGGUGAAAAGUCUUAACUUCUGCUCAUCUGUCAUAGCUCUUCAUUGAUUACAUGACAUUCAGCAAUCAAGGAUUUCUCUGAGUAGUCCAUCAGACUGAUCAAGAAUUAAAGUCUAAUGUUGUCCUUAACUUAUAUUAUGAUAAAAUUUGUCUUCUGUUGGUCUCACUUUAAUGCUGUAAUUUUUUUAUAUUAAAUAUACCUAAUUUUAAAAAUAUAGUAAGACUUUAA